GCUAACAAACCAACCGCGGAGGAUCACCAAAGGACUGUGAAUGAAACCGACUCUGUAUUGAGAAAGGAAAAUAGCGCGGCCGGUAACAAAGACGGGAAGCGCACAGAGGAAACCUGUAUUAAAGAAAUUAAAAUAGAUUACGUUAUUUGCCAGUUUGCGGGGGUGGGAUAAAAUCGUACAGAAAGAUAUCGGUUGGCCAAUCAUCGAUCACCCUGCAUUGGAUUGCUGAGCUCUUGUCCAAUCAGCUUCGCACUUCGCCAGCGCGUCACACGCAUAACGGCCAAUGGGCAUCGCGUAGGUCUCGCCGAAGCAGGAGUUCCCUGUAGCUGUGGAUAGGGGAUUAAUGGAAGGGGUCUGACUGUCGAAUUAUGCGAACUACAUAGUGCACACGACCGAAUUGCUUCGUCAACAUAAACAAGCAAACGACCAGGCUACCGAAAAGGUACUGUCAAGUCGGCGUGCUGCGACAGGAAUCGCGCGCGGACGGUGAAAACAAGGGCUCGUGGCGCUCAAGAGGAAAGUCGAGGGCCUCGCUGAGGGCUAGCAGACCGAGGAAGAGGAUCGAGAGAAGAAGACGGCAUCUUAGUGAUAUUUCAACAGACCCCAGGAGAGCCGAGAGACAUUAACGAACCCGAAGCACUGCAACCAGACAGCUACUGUUGGCUAGCUAGCGCUCGCUCGCUAGCUAGCUAGCUAGCUAACCAACUAACCAGCUAGCGUUACUAUCAACCUCCAGACUGAUCUGACAGCACACUGCGAUCCAGCGAGUUAUGAUCAGACAUAGCUAGUGCAGCGGACGAAGAAAUUGUAUGAGCAGUAAGGAGACGGAGUCUGAAGACAGUUGGCGUAAAGAAAAAGUCGAUUUAGAUCUGUUAUACCUGACCUGCAAUCAUGGGCAACGCGCCCACCUCCAAGAACAAGGGCAAUGAGAUGGAGAGCGUUAAGGAGUUUCUCGCUAAAGCCAAAGAAGAUUUCCUAAAGAAAUGGGAGAACCCAGCACAGAACACUGCAGCUCUGGACCAUUUCGAGAGGUUGAAGACUCUAGGCACUGGCUCGUUCGGACGAGUCAUGCUAGUCAAGCACAAAGAAUCAGGCCAGCAUUUUGCCAUGAAGAUCCUCGACAAACAGAAGGUGGUGAAGCUGAAACAGAUAGAACACACGCUGAAUGAGAAACGCAUCCUGCAGGCCGUCAGCUUCCCGUUCCUCGUGCGAUUGGAGCACUCGUUCAAGGAUAAUACUAACCUAUAUAUGGUAAUGGAGUAUGUUCCUGGAGGAGAGAUGUUCUCUCACUUGCGUAGAAUCGGCCGUUUCAGUGAGCCUCACGCCCGAUUCUACGCCGCCCAGAUAGUUCUGACCUUUGAAUACCUUCACUCACUCGAUCUUAUCUACCGAGAUCUGAAGCCUGAAAACCUGCUCAUAGACCAGCAGGGCUACAUACAGGUAACAGAUUUUGGGUUUGCUAAACGUGUAAAGGGCAGGACCUGGACACUGUGUGGCACACCUGAGUACCUGGCGCCAGAAAUCAUCCUCAGUAAAGGUUAUAAUAAAGCAGUGGACUGGUGGGCUCUGGGAGUGCUGAUCUAUGAAAUGGCUGCCGGUUACCCUCCGUUCUUUGCCGACCAACCCAUCCAGAUCUACGAGAAGAUUGUUUCUGGGAAGGUCCGCUUCCCCUCACAUUUUAGCUCUGACCUGAAGGACCUGCUGAGAAACCUGCUGCAGGUAGAUCUGACGAAGCGCUUCGGUAACCUCAAGAACGGCGUCAACGACAUCAAAGGCCACAAAUGGUUUGCAACCACCGACUGGAUCGCAAUCUACCAGAAGAAGGUGGAAGCCCCUUUCAUCCCUAAGUGCAAAGGCCCUGGUGACACCAGCAACUUUGACGACUACGAUGAAGAAGAAAUCCGGGUCUCUUUCACAGAGAAAUGUGGAAAGGAGUUUGGUGAAUUCUAGAAGCAGCAGCGGAGGAGAGGGAUGGAGAGAAAUUAGAUGUGGGGCAACACAGAGAAGAAAACGUUUUUCCAGGGUGGUGAUGGUGAUGGACUGGACUGAGCCUUAACUGGUAACAACAACACAGAGCCCUCACACACAGAUGGAGGGAGAAGAAGAACAAAGUCCUGAGAGAGACGCCAGCAGUGUUGCCUUUUCAGAUCCUUCGUCUCUUGUUACUUGUCCAUUUUCAUGUUUUCCCUCUUGUUUGGUAGCCAGGGUCCACUGGGCAGAGAUUCGGUCACUUCUCUGUGGCUGGCUGGUAUGGGGAUAUUUGUGACUACUACUUUUGUUUUUCCAGAGACAUAGAGGUUACGUUCUGGUACUGAAUUCUGAAAAUUACCCAAUUCAUAAUUUUUUUUUAUUUUAUUUUUAAUUAGCAAAGGUGUCCUUGCUCUGUAGUUCUCCACCCUGCCACAUCAUGUUUACUUCCUGUGCACCUAUUAGCAUCCAAUACCAAAUCAAACCCACUUAAAGCAUUCAAGAGAUCUGGCUUUUUGUUUGACACGUCACCCAUUUCUCAUUUGGAUUUCGAGCCUCACACAAGCAUCCUUCAAAUGUUUAAUUGCGUAUUAAUUUCCUACAGUGCUCUAGGAUCAGGCAGAAUCAGGUUAGUAUAAAUAUUGUUGAUUUGGAUCAACUUUCGUCAUCCUCUUGAUUAUUCCGUGUAUUUUAAGCCAGUGUUGAAAGUAGCCACUGAUAAGACCGGAACACUUCGUAAUAUUUCAGAUCUGUAGCAUGUAAGCAUACUUGAAACUCCAAAUCCAUUAUUUUACAGGUUUUCACAGAUGGCUAUGAUUCGACGAUACAUUAAAGAUGCUUUUAAAGGAAAAUGUUAAAGAAGAGCACUGUUUCUGUGGUCACACCGGGUUCCUGGUGGAUGAUGUUGUUGGGUAUUUUAUAUUAUUAUUUACUGCCGUAAAAUAUCGUCCAAUGAUCUGAUCAAAAUUAGUUCGCAUUCUAUCUUGCUCUGUAACUUUGUAGAAUGCAAGACAAUCUGAAAGCAAAACGUCCCCACGUUGUUGUUGUUGUUGUUUUUUUACGUUUCCAGAAGUUUGCAGUAAUGCGUUGUGUAUUGCAAAGAUUUUAUUUUGUUAUGCUUGAAAAGUUUCGUGUUGAUGAAUAAUUAAGUCGAUUUUAAAGGUCAAGUGUGACUUCUGUGCCAAUAGUGGCACCAAAUUGAACCGCAGUCUGUUUGAGUAACAGAAAUUACAUAAUAUAUUACAAUAUAAUUGAUUGUGUUUUUUGCUGCUGUUAGUGGCGCAGAAUUGACACGCUUCACCUUUAAAACUGAGAUGCAAACUAUUGCUUAUAGCUCAGCUGUUCGUUAGUUGCCAAUUUCAUGCAAAAAUCGAUAUUUGGUUUGUUAUGAUGAGUAAUGCAAGGUAAUUUUACUGAAUGUUUGCAAACUACAGAUUGGUGCAAGGUUAAAAAAAAUUUUAAUAACAAAUAUCUAUUGGACACUGAAUGGCUGUGAUGCCAUUUAAAUUGCAUCGUAAGAUCAAAUUGCUGUUAAUUUCCCUCUCAGGAAAUGUUCUGUCACUGUAGCCUGCCAGAUCCACAGCCAAAACACACCAAAUUGGGUCCGUUUUUGAUCAUUCGGGUGCUGAUGUAGCUUUAGAAACAUAGACGAGCAAAGGGCAGGAGUUUAUAUUUCACAAAACAUUAUGGUAGGUUGAGAUCUUCUCUCCCUGACGCUUCUCCCUGAAUGCCUGGUGAUUGCUGGGCCCCAUUUCUGGACACUUUGUCAUAAAAUGGGUGUACAAACAGGAGAAACAGCUCCAUCUCUUGGUUUGAAUGGCUGGAAAACAAAACAAUCAGUGUUUAAAGAAUGUGUCUGUACGUUUAGAUUGCUGCGCUGGUCUUGUGACGCUACAAGCAAUGGAAGAUUAUCCUAUUCUAACUGGUGCACUGAGUUAUAAUGUACAGGUUGGCUUUUGCAUGAGCUUUUUUCCCUCUUCUUUGAGCUUGAUCGUGGAAGGAACUAUGGAAGGGUUCUGUUAAAAGCAACAGUGACUUUUGGGAAAUUAUGGCUCUCAUGCACCUUUCAUUACACCUUAUUUUUUGUCAGAGCAUGGAAAUAUGUGACAUAUUUGGCGGUAUUCAUAUGUCGUCCCUCUUUCUCUGGGUCCCGUCCCUUACUUUCAAAUACAUGGGUGUCACACAUCCCUUCAGUCUCCCACUCAUCUGUUAAUUCACAUUGUCAGUCAUCUUUUGUGUGUGUGUGUGUGUGUGCGUGUGCGUGUGUGCGUGCACGCAUCAGUCCAUGAUACAGUUUGCCUUUGUACACAUCCAGUUUCCUACACUCUUCUAUUUGCUUUUAAAAAAAUCAUGAGGAAAACAUUUGAUUUACUUUUGCAUAUUUUCUAAGUGUAUUUUCAGUAACAGGAGUCUCUUUCCUCCCGACAUGGGUAUGGUGAUGGUGUAGUCUAUUGUACCUUCUCGGGAAACAAUACUGUAUAUUCUCUGCCUUUAACAGUCUUAAUUACCUUCUGGAGAAGUUGACGGAGACCCGUAGGACACAUUGAGUAUGUUUAAAAACAAAUACACAGAAUAAUAUUUUGCAACAUGUAUCAUUCCAAUAAAGUUUUAAAUGUUAAAAUUACAAGAA